UGUGGUGGAGUCGUCGGUGGGGUUUGGGGUGCUGCAGGUGCAGGGCAUGGUCACCCUGGGAGCUGAGUGGACAGGAGGGGCGCCGUGGGUCUCGGAGGCGCGGGGGUCCAAGAGGCAGCGCUCGCCGUCGGGCUCGAUUGAGACCGCUAGCGGCGGGAGCAACGAAGACGGCCGAAGCGAGAUGGUGGAUGAGUCUGUGGCGCUGGCCACGGUGACGGGGGAGAAGGGCGUUGGCGGCGGAGGGAGGCGGCUGUGGAAGAAGGACCGCCACAGCGCGUGGUGGGACACGGCGAGCAGCCCGGGCUACCCGGCGGCGGACUUCAGGCACCAUUUCCGCAUGUCCCCCUCCACGUUCCAGGUUCUCUGCGAGCAGCUGGCGGCCGCCGUCCGCAAGGAGGACACCGCGCUACGCGCCGCCAUCCCCGUGCAGAAGCGCGUCGCCGUCUGCGUCUGGCGCCUCGCCAACGGGGAGCCCCUCCGCAAGGUCGCCGAUCGCUUCGCCAUCGGGGUCUCCACCUGCCACAAGCUCGUGCUCGACGUCUGUGCCGCCAUCCAGGCCACGGUCGCGCCCAACGUCAUCCGGUGGCCGGACGCCGCCGCCAUGGCCACCAACGCCGCCAAGUUCGAGGCCUUGUCGGGCAUCCCGGGCAUCAUCGGCGCCGUCUACACCACCCACGUCGCCAUCAUCGCGCCCAAGCACCACGUCAUCAACUACUUAAACCCCCGCGCCACGGCGCGCAAGAGCAAGACCUGCUACAGCAUCACCCUGCAGGCGUCGGUGGACGCGGACGGGACCUUCACCGACAUCUGCGUCGGCCCAGGUGCCAUGGCCGACGACCAAACCCUCCUCCUCUGGUCGAUGAACAAGCCCAAGCUUACCGGGGAGACCCUUGGCCAGGGCAUGCGCCUGGUCGGCGGCGCCGGCUACCCGCUCACGGACUGGAUGCUGGUGCCCUACUCCCACCAGAACCUGACGUGGACGCAGCACGAAUUCAACGAGAGAGUGGCAAAGGCGCGCGCCGUGGCCGUGACCGCGUUCCACAAGCUCAAGGCGCGAUGGGCCUGCCUCCAGAGGCGCACCGAGGUCAAGGUGGACGACCUUUCCGUCAUGCUCGGCGCCUGCUGCGCGCUCCACAACAUCUGCGAGCGCAGCGGCGAACCGUUCGACCUCCAGCUGCUGCAGGGCUUGGAGCUCGACCUAGACGACGACAACCACAUGGUCGCCAAUGACCCCGUGCCCUCCCCCGCCGCUGGACAGAUGCGAGACACCAUCGCCCACAGCAUGCUCCACCAUGGCAAGGUGGCCGGCGCUGGGUCUUUCUACUAGCAGCUAUAGUAUUACCUGUUUCAUUUCUUGACCCGAUCGAUCAGCCGAUCCAAAGUACGUAAAAGCAAUAAUUAAGGGAGUAGGACACCAAAAUUCAUUGGUUCUUUUGCUGGACUCGGAAGAGCCAACAAGUUUUCUUCUCGAGAUUAAUUAGUCCCAUUUUUAGUAUGAUACCGGGCAACGUUUUCUUCGUUUUUACUUUUUAGGUUCGGAGGACACAACAUUGUGGUUUGAGAUAUUGGAAAGAUGUUUCUUCUUUCAUGUUUUAGGAUAUCUCUUGGAUCUUGUAUAUCACCAUCAAUUUUGCCAGACGUUGUAUCCUUGUUUCAUUUUGCCA